AACCCUUUUCCUUUAAACUGUCGGAGUCGUUCCCCGUACCGACUUCCCGGUGUAACACGUUUCUGUAAACGUACUCUUCGUCCUUUCGUUUUCUUUUUACAGCCUUUGUUGUGAAUAGUUUUCAUGGACUGUGUGGAGCAGAAAGACACAGAAGCGACGGCGCCGUCAGUUAUCGACCGAUAUUACACACGAUGGUUCAAAGCCGAUAUGAAGGAGAAACCGUGUGAGGACCACUGCAUCCUGCAGCAUUCAAACAGACUAUGUGUUGUCACGUUAGCAGAGACUCAUCCGAUCCUCCAGAAUGGGCGGGCAAUCAAAAGCAUCAAUUACCAGAUCAGUAAUUGCUGCAGUCGGCUGAACAAUAAAGUGUCUGGGAAGUCUAAGAGGGGGGGUCAGUUCCUCACUGAGUUUGCACCUCUGUGCAGGAUAACAUGCACAGAUGAAACUGAAUACACAAUCUACAGCUGCAUCAGGGGCCGUCUUCUCGAGGUCAAUGAGAGUAUUUUAGAAAAACCUACUCUCUUACUGGAAAAGCCGUCCACCGAAGGAUACAUUGCAGUCAUCUUGCCAAAGUUUGAGGAGAGCAAGAGCAUAACAAAGAAUCUUCUGAGCAGAGAGGAGUUCGAGAGCGUUGUCUCCAAACGCACUGUUGUGCAAUCUCUACCAUCAUGACUGAGCUCCACAUUCUUGCCAUAUUUAAGUCAAAACUAUUCUGACACUCCCAUUAGGUUGGGUUAAGACUGAGGCUAUACUUGAGUGAUUCUUGAGUAUGGUUACUUCAAAAGUACAAUUGCAUAUAAUGCAAGCGGUGCACUGAGCCUAUAUACUUAUACUGUGUUUCAGAAACUGGAAGGUGUCUGUCGAAGGUUAUUUUUUUGAAAAAUAAGGAAAUGGAGAAAAGCAUGACAAUUAUACUUGCAGUCUGUUUGUUUAAUAUCCCCAACUAAUAUUCAGUUUGAAUUAUUUUUCUAGAACGUCAAUAAAUGAAACCAACAGGGAUUUAAAGAAAAAUAUUGUUUAUUUUGUUUGUCACUUUUAUUAACCUUUCAAUUGUCAAAAGAUUAGAUGGUCCAAAACUAGAUCUAAGAUUUCUUCACAUCGGUAGCUCAACUACAAUACCCAGCAUUCUUAGCUGCUCUCAAACUGUUCAGAGCAUCUCUAAAGCCUAAUGUAUGUUAUUCAUCUCCGUCAUUAUCACACCUCAUCUAGUACCAAAGUCAUUACCUUUAGAUACAUACUAUGCCUCAAGUACCAUAUUAUAGAUACCAUAUACAUUUACAUAUUGGCCUACAAGGCAGCUUCACAAUGAUAGUCUUCAUAACAAGUACACUUCAAGGCUCCAUUUGACACAGGUGCCAUUUCAUAAUUAUGUUUCAGUUAUUUUGUUAAAGAAAAUGCAUGUAUAACUACACACAAUGAUUACAGCAUAAAGUAAGGUCCUGAUGUCCCAAAAGCAUCAUAAUAACAUUUGAAUGUUUAUCACCUGACUUUCUUUGGAGAAACCAGGCCCAUCCAGUGAUGUAAACUGGAGGUGUAAGAGCUUUAUAUUUUACACUAGUUGCAAGCUGAAGAUCAGAGCUUAUAAUUGAGAACAAUCAUAUUUGGCAUUAAAUUGUGAUUUAGUGAUUAACAUUCCAUGGCAAACUGUAUGGAAAGCAGUCAUUAAUAUUUACUUUUUAAAUACUUAUUUAUCGAAGUGAGAUGAAUAGAAUGCCAGGACACAAUGUACCACUAUAUAAUAUUACAGCCUAUGACACAUUGACCACAAGAGACUCAAACACAAAGGUCUGGUGAUGAUCGCAUCAUGCAUCAUGCAC